UCCUCUGGAUCACAGCCUCACAGGCAUCCUGAAAGAAAGGGCAGCAUCACCCCUCUCAAGUGUCUGCAUCGGCCCAUCUACUGUCCUCACUCAUAAUCAUUCUCUCAGCCUGGCACUCUUUAUUUAAUCACUCCCACCAUCCCCAAAAGCUUAAACUAAACUAUAACAAAUUUAACAACCCCUUUCCAUUUUCUCCUCUUGUCAGCGAUCGCGCACCCUUUUUCUUCUUUCUUCAUUUUUAUAUUCAUAUAUUAUAUAUCAAUACAAAUAUAGGUACACAGUUUCGAAAUCUGAAGCAAGAACCAAGGAGCACUUGAGCUGUUUGCUUAUUCUGCUGCUCAGCUCGAGAGGAAAGUAAUGGCUGCUGCUCUGGAGUGCUGGUCGAGUCGGGCCAGUACGGACGAGGACAUGGUCGAGCAGGUACUGAUGCGGACGCAGGACAGGUCGGAGGGGACGGUGCCGGAGGGCUCUGGAGCUGGAGCCGGAGCCGCCGUGAAGGAGCCGACGAAUGCUAUGCAGAAGCGACUGCAGCGGCUGACACGGAACGUGUCGGAGGCCAUUGCCUCGUUGAAGAACACGCUGAAUCUCGACUCCGCACGUGACCAGCAUGUUACAGCUUCGGGGGCUGGAACGGCAUCGUCCAAGAUCGAGGGCUGUAAGAAGGUUGUUUGGGGCAGCGUCGUAAGGAAUCUCACGCAGUUAUAUCCUGGGAGUCAAUUGCCGGAGAAGCUCAUGUCGAAUAUAAGGAAGCAUUAUGAUUCGUUGCCUCUCAGUUACGCUCAGGCUGGUUUUGAUAUGAAAGAGGUUUUCCUACAUAUAAAAUUGAUAGAGCAAGCAUCAGGAGACGACCAUCCUGCAAUAUUAAUUCAAGAAGUUUCUGAUGAUGAAGUACAGGGUUCUGUAUUCAAGCUCACAUUUGCCUGUAACUCUUUGAUUUCUUGGCCAGCCAUGUCGGGUGCACUUGAUAGUGCCUCCAUUUGUUGUAAGAAGAUACAGAUCUUCGAGAAGAAGGGGUUCACACUCGGGAUUAUUAUUCUUUUGGUUCAAGCUGGGCAUGAAAAAUUGUUUAAAAUCCGGAUCGAAAGUGCCUUGAAGUCUGCUAUAAAGAAGCCGAAACCCACUUCAGUGAAGCUGCCAUUUGGGCUUUGUGGGUGUCAAGAAGAGAACACCAGGGGGAGAGAAUUUGGGGAGAUUGAAGAAGAACCUACGGAGCAGAGUUAUAAAAACGGGAUUGAGAAUUUGAACAUGAAGAUCCAGCUUCAAACACCGCUGCCUAAUUCUUCAUUUGUUGUCUCAGUCGACGAAUGGCAGACUAUCGUAUCUGGUGCUGAUGAAAUUGGGAAAUGGUUGCUUAACUCUGACAAUCUUGAGUUUAUUGAGCAGAUUGGCACCAAUUCUUUUAAAGGUGUUUACAAGGGCAAGUGUGUUGGAAUCGAGAAACUCAAGGGCUGUGAGAAGGGAAAUUCUUAUCAAUUUGAGCUUCGGAGAGAUCUCUUGGAGUUAAUGACUUGCAGGCAUAAGAACAUUCUGCAGUUUUGUGGCGUUUGUGUUGAUGAAAAUCAUGGUUUGUGUGUUGUGACGAAGUUGAUGGAAGGUGGAUCAGUUCAUGACUUGAUGCUAAAGAACAAGAAGCUUCAGACUAAGGAGAUAAUUAGGAUUGCAGCUGAUAUAGCUGAAGGGGUCAAAUUUAUGAAUGAUCACGGUGUUGCAUAUAGAGACGUCAACACACAGAGGAUUCUGCUAGAUAAGCAUGGGAAUGCCUGUUUAGGGGACAUGGGGAUAGUCUCUGCUUGCAAGAGUGUUGGUGAAGCAAUGGAGUAUGAAACUGAUGGCUAUCGGUGGCUAGCUCCUGAGAUUAUUGCUGGUGACCCGGAGAAUGUUACUGAGACUUGGAUGAGUAAUUCAUACAGUUAUGGAAUGGUGAUUUGGGAGAUGGUGACUGGUGAGGCAGCCUACUCUACAUGCUCCCCUGUGCAGGCAGCAGUUGGGAUAGCAGCAUGUGGCCUAAGGCCAGAGAUUCCCAAGGACUGCCCUCAAUUCCUUAAAUCUCUCAUGACAAAGUGCUGGAACAAUUGCCCGUCAAAGCGGCCUCAAUUCUCUGAAAUUCUAUUGAUAUUGCUGCGGCCCAACAACAACAACAGGUAAAAAUCCUUUUAGAUUCCAUCAAUUGUAAUUUACUGAUGCUAAAAGCUUGUACAAAGGGGUUCCCUUAUCAAGUCCAUGCUACCAUGCAUAAUGCAUAUUUGGGAAGCUCUAAUAGCAGAAAUGAUGAUAGAUAUAUCUUCAUUCUUUCCCCAAGUUGUAUCCAAUAUAUAUGUCCUCUUUUCUUU